AUGCAGUUGCUAGCGAGCCUCACUGGAAGUGCAAAAAUAUCUGUGCCCAUGACAAUUGUGGUAUCUGGAAUUGCAAAAAUGUUUGUUGGUGAGCUUGUUGAAACAGGCACUGGAAUUUGCAGCCAGAAUGGUCAUGACAGAGAGAAAGGAGACUGGGCCAAUAAGGCCCUGCCAUGCUUUUACAGUAUUGCUGGGCCACAAGGCUGUGGCAGGCUUACAGGAAUGUUUUGUGGGCUCACUGCAAGAAUGUUAUGUGGGGGUUCACUACAAGAACGUUAUGUGGAGUGCUGACGUGGUGAAGCUAGUCGUGAGCAAACUAAUCUUUGAAUGCAUGUGUCCUACUCGAGAGCUUUGCACAUUAUGUGUAUCGUGAAGCAUAGGCCUGUGCAUACCAGGUGGUGCUGUUUGGAUAACAGAGACUCGAGUAAAUGAAUCUUAACUGUUUAUGAUUGCCCUAGUCUAUGGCACCUUUGUUUAUAGAGGAGCUGGCAUGUUCAGUCAUUGACUUUUGCUUUGUUGAAUGGCAUUCUGCGAUUUGGCAUG